AUGAAGAAGACAGUCGUGGGGGAGUCUGCGGUGGAGUACGAUAUGGGUGAAAUCGCCGUGACGGUCGCCUCAGCCAACUGCUGUGCUCAAGACGACUUCAUAGCAUUCUCUUCUCCACAGAAUAUCCCAGGCUACAACACCAUGGACGCACGCAUUCCUAUGGAAGCCGUUGGCCAGAAUCCUCAGGAUCAGCAGAAAGCAGCUGUGGUGCACUACAAAUCCCCACAGCAGUUCUUGGUGAGGCAGGAUGUGGAGCUGAGCUCUGCUGUGGUGCGUGUGGAGGUGCUGGGAGAGCCGCAGGCUCUGUUCAGGGAAUGCCUCAGGAUGGUAUUCACCGGCACUCUCACUCAGAUCCCAGGGCUGGAGGAGACCUUGGGGCAUCACUGGAUCAUCCUGUCCUACAUCAGCUACAUCGGCUGCGGCCUCUCAGCCUUCUUCUGCUUCAUCUGCAUCCUCACCUACUUCAUACUGCGUAAAGUGCGUAAGGAUCCGGGGCCUGCUAUCCACAGCUCUCUGGCCGGUGCUCUGCUGCUGCUCAACUCCUCCUUCCUGCUCAACCAAUGGGCUUCCAGCAACGCGGUGUUGUGCGUGUGCGUUGCCGUGGCAAUAGAGGCGGGUCUUCUGAGCUCCUUCACCUGGAUGGCCAUCGAGGCGCUGCACCUCUACCUGCUAUUGGUCAAAGUCUUCAACACCUACGUCCGCAGAUACCUGCUCAAACUCUCCCUCAUUGGCUGGGGUGUUCCGGCGCUGCUGGUGACUGUGUCGCUGCUGGUGAAGGUGGGAGACACACCUGUGUAUGGUCUCAUCGAGGUCGAGGACACAGGCUAUUGCUGGAUUACAGAUGAUGUGUUUGCCUAUGGUAUGAACGUCACCUUCUUCUCCCUGGUCUUCAUCUUCAACUUCGGAGUGCUGGUGACCGUCAGCAGCCGCAUCCUGCGCCGCUCACACAACCCCAGCACACUGCCUGGUGUGUCCUGCAAGGACCUGCUGACGGUGUUGAGUAUGACGUGUCUGCUGGGCACCACGUGGGGGCUGGCCUUCCUCAGCAUGGAUUACACCAACAUCCCCAUCCUCUACCUCUUCUGCAUACUCAACUCACUACAGGCGUAA